AUGCACCAGAUGGAAAAUGUAAUGGCUGAAGCGCUAUUGAUCUGCGCAGUUAUCGGCCUGGCCGCCGCCGUGCCAGUUGCUCCUUCUUCUGAGGAUGUGCACGCCGAAGUCAUUUCCCGCAAGGAUGAUGUGCGCCCGGAUGGUUUCGACUCUUCUCUGGAAACAAGCAACAAGAUUGGCCGCGCAGAGAGCGGUGAUGAGCACGGAAACAUCCACGGCAGCUUCUCCUGGGUCUCGCCCGAGGGUGAACAAAUCGAAAUCUCUUAUGUGGCUGACGAGAACGGAUACCAGCCACAGGGCGCAGCUCUGCCAACCCCACCCCCAGUCCCUGUCGAAAUUGAACGAGCUCUCCAAUGGUUGGCCGCCCAUCCCCCAGCACCCGAGUACGAUAGUAAGCACUAA